AUGGCCGUCCGCGCGCGAAAUGCGGCUACCCCGUGGGUGGUUUUCGCGAGCAGCGCCGGCGUCGCUGCGCUGCUGGUUGCGUGUCUCCUGAGCGAAAGCGGGGCGAACUUCGCGAACGCGCAACCCGCGCCCGCGGGGGACCCCGACUGGGUGGCGCAGAUGCUGCAGACCACCGACUCAGUGGGUGCGGAGACAGACGCGCAACCCGCCCCCGCGGAUCUCGGCUGGGUGGAGCAGCUGAUGCCGAAUUCUGAUUGGUCGGCGCAAGACGCAUCCGCGCAAGGCCCCCCCGCGGAAAUCCCCCCCGCGCAAAUCCCCCCCGCGCAAGGCGAACCCCCCGCGGACGAUCCCGACUCGGAUGACCAGGAUGAGGAGGACGAUUCGCGUCCUGAAUUUGCUGGAGAAAUUGACCCCGAAGACUCGGAAGGUCAGGCGGAGCCUGACUGGGAGGCGCAGAUGCAGUCGAUCCUCCAGCAGGUGGCCAAUCGCACCUUCCUCUCCUCCUUCGGCCAGAUCUUCGCCAGCUUCUGUGAGUUCUUAACCGCUCUGAACCGUUCUGAGCCCCGUCCCGCCUUCUUCACCCCCUUCCCCCGCGGAGGUGCCUGGCUGGGAGGCGCAGAUGCAGUCGAUCCUCCAGCAGGAUCUGAUUCCUUCCCAUCCCCACCAGCGUCUCUCUUCAUUGGCCACUGGUGCCACCUCACCCAGUGUCCCACCUGGCACCUUAUCGCUCAUUUCAAUCCUUUUAUCUCUCCCUCCCCUCUUCCCCUCUCUCUAUUUCUCCCUCCACCAGUCCAAUCUGAACAGGAACUGCCUCACUCCGAGUCUAAUUGCUCUUACACCUCCCAUUCCUAUCCGUUUUGUCAACUCUUUCCAAUCCUCCCUCCACCAGUCCAAUCGGAGCAACUGUAUAUCGAUCAGGAUGCAACUAUCCUCAUCCCCACCAACGUCGGCUACUGGCGCUACGAAACCCAGUGGGACACACUCACCCGCAAGCAGAAGCGUCGGUUACUCCGUUACCACAUUCUCAAGGGGCGUUACACCACGCAACAGCUUCUUGACGCCGCCCCCCUCACCCUCUUCCCGACUUUUAACCAGAACCUGCCGGUGAACAAGACUCUUAAGCCGAACGAAGUGUAUUUCCAGUCGGUUCCGCCGACGAGGUUCGUGUCGCCGCUGAGCGUGCCGAAUGCGGGACUGACAGAUAACAUUGCUGCGCAUGGCGUGACGAUGGUGCUCAUUCCGCCCAACCUCAACUAG